UAGUUGCCUUUUCAGAAGUUGUAUAAUUCAAUAAUAUGAAUUAAAUACUUCAUUCAGAGCAUAUGUUGAAUCAACAGUGACAUUUCACGUUGAUCUCAAAAGCAAGACGAUUAUCUGAAGAACAAAACAAGUUAUUCGUCAAAAUUACAACACGAUGGCAAGCACGGGAGGUAAAGUAGUUGCUAAUCUGCGAAAAAAAUUUGUGCUUGAGACUCAAAAAGUAAUAAGAUGGUUUCCUGGACAUAUGACAAAAGGUUUGAAACAGAUGCAACAACGACUGAAAAAUGUCGAUUGUAUUAUUGAGGUCCAUGAUGCACGAAUACCACUUUCUGGACAUUAUGCAGAUUAUUCAAGGACCCUGACAAGCUUAAAACCACAUAUAUUUAUAUUAAACAAAAAAGAUUUAAUUGAUACAGACUAUUCAGAAAGUAUAGUCUCUGUAUUAAAAAAAGAAGGACUGUCCAAUAUAAUAUUAACAAAUUUGAAAGAUCAACAUUGCAAAGAAACAAAGAAAAUUAUGCCUUUAGCCAAGAAAUUAAUAUUAAAUUCAAAUCGUUAUAACAGAGCAGGAGAACUUUCCUAUUCCAUGAUGGUUAUAGGAGUACCUAAUGUUGGAAAGUCUACUUUGAUUAAUCGUUUAAGACACAAUAUCCUUCAUAUGGGUAAAGCAACUAAUGUUGGUGCAGUAGCUGGUAUUACACGCGCUGUUUUAACCCAUGUUAAAGUAUCAGAAAAUCCGACUAUAUAUUUGAUCGAUACACCAGGCAUUUUAGUUCCUGCCAUUAGAGAUAUCCAUACUGGUCUCAAACUGUCUUUAGUUGGGUGCUUGAAAGAUCAUAUUGUAGAAUCAUAUAUACUUGCUGAUUACUUGCUUUACUGGCUGAACAAAGAAAGCCGUUAUGAAUAUACAGAAGUACUUGGUUUAUCCGAACCAAACGAUAAUGUGCAGUAUGUGCUUACAUUUAUUGCCGCAAAGUUGAAAAAGACCUUACGAUUAAAAGAAUCAUCUGGGCAAUUAAUAGUCAAACCAGACUUUCAAUUUGCAGCAGAUUAUUUUAUUAGUUUAUUUAGAAAAGGAGAAUUAGGGCUCUGUUGCUUAGAUAUAGAUUUAUUACGAUCACGGCAAGACUGUAAUGUUAAAUCAAUUAAUAACAAUGUAUAACUAUAUAUGUAAAUAUAUAUAUUAUUAUGUACAAAGUGUGUGACUGAGUAG